AUGAAUUCACUUGCAAGCCAAUCAAGCGCUCGUAUGGCUGGUGACCUUCAUUAUGCCGCGACUCAGACUUCUGCCCUUAUGGUUGCUGCCACCGACCGGGUUUGUUGUGCCAACGUGAAUGAAAAACAGUUGAAAACUUUGCAAGGUGUCAUGACAAGCAUAAGGGAGGAACUCUAUGAUUCAGAGGCUGAUCAUCGAGUCCUUUCUGAGCAGAAUUGUUUUGUGGCCUAUGAGAAAUCCUCUUUGGAAGAUCAUUUCCCCACUUUGGAGGACCAAACAGAGUGCCAAAGUCAACUGGCCCGUGCUGGUGUUGAUGGUGUUGUCGCCCGAGGUGGUUUGCAAUGGAUGCUGGAGAAGGGGGUGGUUCACGUAAUUGAUAAAGUUAUCGAUAGUGUGGAAUUUUCCAAUGGGAUCCAGGGUGUUCGUGAGGCAUGUGAGGCCCUUAGGUUUGAAAAGGGGAAACAACUAGGUGGUUGUUCCACAAUUGCCGGUGAACCUGAAGUCCUGGAUCCUAGUCGUGUCACGAGAAGGGCCGAAGAUAUGGAUACUACUCUAUCGUUCUUUGCUGAGACGAAUUUCGUGGGCCUCUUUCGCUUGGGGAAGCUAGAUUAUGACGGCUUCCACCAGUUUUGUUGCACGAGAAGGGCCUCCGCUGUGGAUCCUCCACCUUCUGACAACAUUCGCUUCGACACAACUGGGUUUCUUGUUUCCUUUCUCAUUGGGUGUCACAUCCAUUACCUGGCUUGGUUGCCACUACCGUUGCCGAUCCAUCACUCGUGCUGA